UCUCAUUUUUAAACACACUCCCUAGUCCCUCCUCUCUCAUGACUAGCUGGUUUAAUCUUACUUGAUAUCUUCAUUUUACACCACAUGUUGAGCAAGAUUUCCACUAUACUUUAAUCUUGGCUUUUUGCACCAUAUCUUGGUUUUUGUCACUUCAUGAAGUUUCCCUGCAGUAUUUUGAUUUGUUUGAAUAUGCUAUUUCUUUGUCACAAAUCGAACUUGGCCAUGCAAACUAUUGAAGAAUCCGAAUGACGAAGAGCCCAAUAACAUUUUCUUGUUAUGAUAAAUUUUUUUUAUAACUCCCCUCCCUCCCUCUCUCUCUCUCUCUCUCUCUAUAUAUAUAUAUAUAUAUAUAUGAUUGCUUUCGAUUUGUAGGGUUGUGGUUAGUUGGGAUUUGAGUUACAUUUUCAUCAAUGGAGUUGAAGUUUCUUGAUUCCAAAUCAUCAUCUUUAUCUGAGAAAGCAGCCCUCGUGGCAAGGACAAAAUCAAGUCCGUUUUCCAGUUUCGAACAUUCAGUUGGUGUUAAAUUUUCUCAAGAGUUCAGUUCUUGCAGAGGAGCAUUUACGAAGGCAUCUUUUUUGAGUUCAAAAGGUACAUUUAUGCCAAAGAGGGCUAUUAGCUCAGUUGACAAAGAAAAAACCGCAGCAGAGAAUUACUUUUAUCAGAUUAGCACAAAUGGUGCUGGUUCAAGUCUGUUUUCCAGAAAUGUCGGAGUACUUGAUGCCUGCGAUGAUGAGUACGGGGGAGUUGUGGUUGAUCCGGAUAGAUUACCGGUUAAUCCAGAUGCCUUUGCUCCAAUGCUCCAAUUUUCCCUUUCACACUGGAAAAUGCAGGGAAAGAAGGGAAUUUGGCUCAAGCUGCCCCUGGAACGAUCAGAGCUUGUUCCAGUUGCUGUGAAGGAAGGUUUUGAGUACCACCACGCAGAACGAGGAUACGUGAUGCUGACUUAUUGGAUUCCCGAAGGACCUUGUAUGCUUCCUUCUAAUGCUACGCAUCAAGUUGGUGUUGGGGGAUUUGUGAUCAAUGACAAAAAUGAGGUUCUUGUAGUACAAGAGAAAUUCUAUGCUCCAUCAUUUGCCGAUCUUUGGAAAAUACCGACUGGUUUUAUUCUCGAGUCAGAAGAGAUUUACACAGGAGCUGUAAGGGAAGUAAAGGAGGAAACUGGUGUCGAUACUGAGUUUGUGGAAGUCAUAGCAUUCAGGCAUGCUCACAAUUUGGAUUUUGACAAGUCAGAUCUAUUCUUUGUAUGUAUGCUGAAACCCUUGUCAGCUCAGAUUAAGGUUGAUAAUCUUGAAAUCCAAGCAGCAAAAUGGAUGCCCCUUGUUGAGUUUGUUGCGCAGCCACUAAUCCAAGAAGACGGAUUGUUCAAGAAAAUCAUUGAUAUUUGCCUUGCUCGUUUAGGGAAACAUUACUGUGGAUUAUUACCUCGUCAAGUAGUUUCCAAAUUUGAUGGCAGGCCAUCCUGCCUAUACUACAAUGUUCUUGACACUGGAAAUGUCAACUGCAACGGCAAUUGAAGCCAUCCAAACACUAUUUCACAGUUCUUAACAUCCCUUGCCUGUCUUUUCCUGGAAAGCCUCUGGUAUUUCCGCUUUGAAGCACGCAACGGUAGCAACUGCAGUGUAAGCAUACGAGGCUCGACAAGUUAAAGAUUAAGGCACUAAACAUGGAGUCUUACGUUUAUUAUACCUGAUGGGUUGUAACAUAUAGCUUCAAAUAUCUUUGAUUGUAAAUAUAUGUUCUUCUAGUAGAACGUGGUUAUUGUAAAUGUGUGAAGUCACCAGUUCUUCUGUUACUAAUGGAAUUUCACUUAUAAUUUCUCUUA